AUGGAACAAUCAGAAUGGCGCCAAUUGAGCGUGUCCAAGAGUCAUGCCGAUCGUCGAAUUCUUCGUAGUCGAGUGUAUGCAAUUGGCUCGCGUGAUGAUAUUGGAUGGGAUGGUAAGUUUAUAGACAAUGUAGAUGAGAGAAAGAAAAAAAAAUUGGAGAUGAUUCGACAUUUGCAAUCUCUGGAACUUUUUGAUUGGUUUGCUCCAAAUUGUGAGCACAAAUCGGAUUCACCAGAAUCUUAUCACGAUUUAGAAAUAAGAGUUACACGACAAGGUACACAAGAAGCAGUCGAAGAAUUAUAUCAAAGUAUGCAAAAUGAGCCGAAGCUGAUUGCAUGGCUAAAUUUUGCGGCUAGUCAUAAUGUGUGUGGUAGUUAUAGUGUUGAUUUUGGUGGAUCCCAAGAAGAAGAAGUCGCAACCAAUUGUGAUGGAGCUGUAUUAUUAGGUACGAUAGGUGAAUUCGUUGAAACAGGAUUGAAAUCAUGGAUACGAGGGAGAUGGGUAACUUAUAAGAUGGGUAUGCAUAUACCUCCGGGCGGAAAUUAUUGGGCGAUAACCAAAUUCGUGACUGGUCCAUUCCAUGUCGAUUGCGGAAUGAUCGCCACAGCUUUUACGGAUUUUCGUCCUUACAUUCCAAUAUUCCAUCCGUAUUCUGAACGCAAUUAUUUUUAUUCGUUAAUGGGAAACGUGAAAAACCAAGAAGAAAUAGAGAAGAGAUGCAUGAUCGACAUUGAGGGUGUUCUGAAAACAUGUUUAACAAAACAAGUACAUACUUUAGUUGCUGGUGCCAGUGGUUGUGGAGCAUUUCGUCAUAAUCCAUAUGUGGAAGCAAAACUGUGGAGAAAAUGUUUAGAAAAGAAAGAGUACAGGGGUGGAUCGUUGCAACAAGUGGUCUUUGCUGUAUUGGAUAAUGAAGAUAGUGAUAAUUGGAUCGCGUUCCGUAACGAAUUCGGUACACUAGAAAAGAAUACAAACAAAAUGUGA